AUUCCCUUCUCAUUUUCAAAUCCCUUUUCUUCUGCUCUCUGCCACCAUGCCGGCAACGGAACAGCCCAGCUCCUUCCUUGGCCGUAUCAGCACCCGCCGAAACCAAGUCAUCUCCAUGGACGGUGCUCACGAGCAGGAGCUCGAGGAUCUCGAGCUCUUUCAGAAGCAAGUUUCCGAGCGAUUUUCCGAAUUAGUACCUCCGUCCUCCUCCGAAGACGUUUCUUCGGAAACUUUCCUCUCCAUCGCCUGGCUCAGGAAGCUCCUUGACGAAUUCCUCUGCUGCGAGGCUCAAUUUAAGGCUCUCCUCAUCAUGGGCCGCGAUCCCUCUCAGAUUGUCAAGCCGCCGCUUGACCGUCUCGUCCCCGAGUUUCUAGAUCGCGUCGUCAAGGCUUUGGAUAUCUGUAAUGCCGUUCUCCACGGGAUUGAAUCGGUUCGCCAGUUUCAAAAACUCGCUCAAAUCGCGAUUUCAGCUCUGGAGCAGAGUCCGAUUGGAGACGGACAAGUGAAACGAGCGCGUAGGGCUUUGAAUACCUUGAUUACAUCCAUGGCCGUUGAGGAUAAGGAUUUCUCCAACAGUAAAUCCGCAGAGAGAUCUUGGUCUUUCGGGCGUCGUGGAGGUGCCGGUGCCGGUUCCGGCACCGCCACUCCGCUGCAUAAGGACCGAAUCGCAGGACAGUUUCGUUCGCUGUCUUGGAGUAUGGCGAAAGGUUGGUCAGCGGCGAAGCAGAUUCAAGCUAUGUCGUCUAAUCUGGUUGUACCACGCGGCGGCGAGUCAUCGAGUUUACCGCAGACGGUUUACUUGAUGAGUACGGUUUUGGUGUUCGUAAUGUGGACUCUGGUUGCGGCGCUGCCGUGCCAGGAGAGAGGCGGGCUGACGACGUACUUUCCGGUGUCGAAGCAGAUUAGCUGGGCGCAAUCCAUGAUCGGACUGCAGGAGAAAAUCGCGGACGAGUGGAAGAAGAAAGAGAAGAAAGGAAGCGCUGGUCUGUUAGAAGAGAUGCAGAGGAUGGAGAAACUGAGUCAAUCACUGAUCGAAUUCACUGAUUCGUUCGCUUUCCCGUUGGAGGCGGAGCGGCAGGCGGAGGUGACAAAACAGGUGGCGGAGCUGGCAGAAACCUGCAAGAAACUGGAAGAAGGAUUGGUGCCAUUACAGCAACAAAUCAGAGAAGUUUUCCACAGGGUUGUGAGAAGCAGAACAGAGAUUGUUGAGCUUUUGGAGUACACUGCGAAGGCAUCUUCCCCAAUUGUGUGAAACAAAACUGAAGAAGAGGAAGCCAUUAACACGCCAUGAUCACUACUGCUAAAGGAUCUUCUAAACAGCAACCAGUCCCAUGGUGCCUCCCAUGUAGAUUUUGUAAGACUUUUGAUUUAUUUAUUUUAUUUUAUUUUAUUUUGCUCUUACGGUUUUAAUUUCUUGCUGGAUGUUAGAAAAUAUUUAAUGUUAAUCUGCAGAUGUAAUGGUGCUGAAUUUAUAUGGUUUAUUAAUGAAAUUGA